UAGCUCCUCUGCAAGCUCUUCUCGAGCCAAAACGACUUCUGGUAGAUGCAGGAAGCUCUGUAACUCUAACAUGUAACAUUACCGGUUAUCCAGUGGAAACAGUUUAUUGGAUGAAAAACCAGCGUCCUCUUGUGGUAGGAAGUAGUAGAGUUCGAAUAUUAUCUCGAGAUACGCUUCACCUCAGUUCAGUUAGUAGAGAGGAUAAAGGAGUGUACCAGUGCUACUCCAGAAAUAAGGAUAGUUCUACUCAAGCUUCUGUUGAACUAUUGCUAGGAGAGACUUCUCCCGUGUUCUUGGACAGUUUUAAUGAACAAACGAUCCAGCCUGGGCCUAGUGUUUCUUUACAUUGUAUUGCUUCUGGAACACCAUUACCUCAAGUCACUUGGUCAGUAGACGGGAUUCCUGUACGAGAUGACGAACGCGUGCGCGUUGGAGACUUCGUCAGUCGCAAUGGAAAUAUCGUCAGUCACGUGAACAUAAGCGAUACACAUGUGGAAGACGGUGGGCUGUACACUUGUACAGCCCAGAAUGAAGUUGGAAUAAUUCAAAAUUCCGCUAGACUAAACGUCUACGGACCGCCAACAAUUAAACCUUUACCAGACAGGUCAGUUGUGGCUGAGGAAGACGUGGUUCUACAUUGUCGCGUGGCGGGCUAUCCUAUUCAAGAAAUCAUUUGGGACAAAGGUAUGUCAUAA